GCAUCACGAUGCCAGCCCUAGCUAAGUACAAUGUUCAGGUGACCACGGGAGACUUCCCUCACGCUGGCACACUUGACAAAAUAUCAAUAAUUCUGUUUGGGACGAAAGGAGAAAGCAACAAAACUACUCUGUUCAAUCUAGGAAAGAUGCUUUACCCUGGAACAACCUGCUCCUUUCAAGUGCCUUGUUAUACCGAUCUUGGUGAUAUUCUGCUGAUCAGGCUCUUCAAGGAAAAGCACGUCUUCUUCCCCAGUGAUGACUGGUUCUGCUCAAAUGUUUUGGUAAAAGACCACACCGGGAAAAGGUUCCAGUUCCCUUGUUACCAGUGGAUAGUAGAGAAUGGACGUUUUGACCUUAUAGAGGGUAAAGGUACAUUUUUUGCUGAUGUGGAAAAUAACCUUCAGAUAAAGCACUGUCAAAACAGACUAGAAGCACACAGGAAAAAUUUAAGGUGGACCACUUUCGCAGAGGGUAUACCAAGAUGUGUGGAUAUCCAAGAUCCAAAUCAGUUACCCGCAGAGCUAAGAUUUUCAUUUACAAAGAACAUUGAGCUGGGGUUCACAUUUGCCACUGCAGUGACAGAACUAAAGCUGAAGGGCUUAACUGAUAUGUGUGAACCCUGGGAAAAUUUGGAUGAUCUCAGUCAUGUGUUCUGCUUUAAGAAGACAUAUUUGUCUGAAUAUACCCAUCAUCACUGGACAGAAGAUUCAUUCUUUGGUUAUCAGUAUCUCAAUGGCUGCAACCCAAUAAUAAUCCAGAAAUGCAUUCAAAUUCCAAAGAACUUCCCUGUUACUAAUAGUAUGGUUUCUCAGUUCCUUAAUGGAGGAUCACUGGAUAAGGAAAUAAAGGCAAGAAACAUUUUUUUGGUGGACUACAAAUUACUAGAUAAUGUGCCCCCAAAUGUGAUCGAUGGGGUACAGCAAUAUUUACCAGCACCACUCUGUCUGCUGUACAAGGACAAACAAGACCAGUUGCUUCCUAUUGCCAUACAGCUGAAACAGAAGUCUGGCCCUGAGAACCCAAUUUUUUUGCCAUCUGACCUCAAGUAUGACUGGUUGCUGGCAAAGACAUAUGUUCGUUCAGCGGAUUUCAACUAUCAUCAGCUGGUGUCCCAUUUGCUGCGAACUCACCUAAUGGCAGAGGUCUUCUGCAUGGCAACAUACCGUCAAUUGCCAUCUAUUCACCCACUUUUUAAGCUCCUGGUAAAUCACAUGAGGUACACUCUGCAAAUCAACAUCAUGGCAAGAAAUAUUUUGCUUGCAAAAGAUGGCAUUUUUGAUAAGGCUGCAAGCACAGGAGGUGGGGGAUUUGUUGUUAUACUGCAGAGAGCCUUGGAUUCUCUGACCUACAGCUCCCUCUGUCUUCCGGAGAACAUCAAAGCUCGUGGAAUGGAAAAUAUCCCCAAUUAUUACUACAGAGAUGAUGGAAUUCAGCUGUGGAAAAUCAUUAACCGGUAUGUGAAGAAGUUUAUAACAUUCUACUAUAAGAAAGAUAAGAAAGUCAAAGAUGACCAGGAGUUACAGAGGUGGAUAAAAGAGAUUUUCACUGAAGGGUUCCUAGGAAAGACCAGCACAGGUAUCCCGCAGAGCUUUAGCACUCUUCAGCAGCUCAUUGGCUUUGUCACCAUGGUUAUAUUUACCUGUUCAGCACAACAUGCAGCUGUCAACAGUGGGCAGUUUGAUUUUUAUGGAUGGAUGCCCAAUGGCCCCUCAACUAUGACCAGGCCUCCUCCAACCAAUAAGGGACGUACCACCAUGCCAGAUCUACUGCAGAGCAUGAGUGAUGUGAAGAAUACCUGCAGAGCCAUGUCUGCCGUUUGGCUACUCAGCCGCCAGUCCAGUGACUUUGUUAUGCUCGGCCACAGUUCUAGCAUUUAUUCCACUGAAGAAAAACCACUGGGUUUCCUUGAAGAAUUCAGAGAAGACUUGAAAAAUCUAGCCUCCGAAAUUAGAAAAAGAAAUAAAGGGAAGCAAAUACCUUACAACUAUUUGUUGCCAGAUGAGAUUGAAUCCAGUGUGGCCAUCUGAACAUUAUCCCCACCGCGCUAGAGUGCUGCAUUUCUAAAAGGAAUUUUGACUGUUUCGCAACAUUUUAAUAUGUUAAAAUUGUUAUAAAUCACUUCUCUGCUUUGAGUCUUUAAAAGAGGACAAAGUCUGAUUAAUCUUUUUGCAGAAAGUGGCACAAGGCAAACUGUACUAAACAGUAUUAACACUGCAUAUUUUAUAAGAAUUCUAAAUAUUCCUGAAAAUACUAACAUAACAGUCAUGUUAGACUCCCUCUUACAAUUUGUUGUUUUGUUUUGUUUUGUCUUAUACUGUUUGUUUUUAUCAUUAUACCAGACUCUAUCUUAUUCUGUUCUUUUCCUCCCUGGUCACUAUUCUGUACAGUAUCUUACAUGGGCACCAAAAUAUUGUUAAUGACAAUGACCCAACCUGUGAUGUCAUCGCUUACACAAUAUAAAGAUAACAGUAACCAUCUCAUAGCAGCAUGGAAAAGGUGUUAUAUAAAUGUAUCAUUAUUAAAAUGUCCAAGCUUUGGAAUAUACUGUAUCUUACAACUCAAAAAAUGUGAAUUGCAGGUUAUAUCAAAGGCAAAAAUGUUUUUUUUUAAUUAUUGGUUUAGUUCUGUUUAUUUUGAUUUAGUUUCAAGCCUGUUUUGACCACAUUUAGCAGAAAGUCCUUUCCUUUUAAUCUGUCUCUUGCAAAUGUAAAAUUCUGAUCAACUUUAUCACCUUGAUCACUACAGUCCUUUUCCAAAUGGAAGAAUAAACAUUUUAUUUUAAUCAUA